CCGGAAGUGCCGGUCGCGCUCUGCGCGUUGUCCCCCGGAGGCCGCCGUCCCUGGAGCUCGCGCUGCGGCCGUUAAACGUUCGCUUAGCGGCGCGCGAACGGUCUCCUCGGCAACCGCCCCCAGCCCCGCCAUGGACAGGUUCCGCGAGCGGAAGGAGCAGCGCCUGCGGCCCGGCAGCGACCGGAGCCGGGCAGGGGGGGUGGACCCGGAGAUCGGGGCCCUCCUGGACACACUCAACCGGUCGGAGCGCUUCAGCACCACCAGCUCGUGUUCAGGCCGGGUGCUGCUGCUGCUGGCGGGCUCUGAUCAAACUGAAGCACAAAAACAGAAUUGCUUGUGGUUAUUUGUGACUCAUCAGAAAUGUCAGAAAGAAGAUGUG